AUGGCCGCCAACCAGGUCAGGUCAGGCACGUUGGCGGAUAUACCUCAGAUGGCCGACGUGUUCGCAGCGGGCUUCAUUGACGACGAUGUCUUUGGCCGAUUUAUGCAUCCGAAGCGCAGAGAAUAUCCCCAUGACUGGCUGCGACAUUGGAACAAAGAUCUUCGAAACCAUCUUCUUAGCCCAGCAGUGCAAUGCUAUGUUCGUGUCAGUCCGGAUGGUAUUGUCAAAGGCUGCGUCAUGAUGGCGCGGAUUGGUCAAGGCGGUGAUGACAAAGUUGCCAGCGAGAGUCUCAGCCACAGACUCCUGCGGCAGAUCUAUGUUGCCCAAGACUAUCUCGAGAGUUUUGUUUGGUCCGAUCGAUCAGCAGACCACGAGGCGAUGGCUAUAUUUGACAAGAACUGGGACGACAUCAAGCACCACUUCUCCGGGCCGCGAGCAGAGUGCUGGCUAAUCGAAUUGCUCUGUAUUCAUCCUGAUAGUCAGAAGGCCGGCUUUGGCCGAGAGAUUAUACAGACAGCUAUAGAUCUCUGCAAGACAGAGAACCCGCCGAUCCCACUCUGCGUCAUUGCCAGCGACGCUGGCGACGCUUUUUACGAGAAGCUAGGCUUCCGAGAAGCCGGCAGAGCCGACGUCGGGGACUUGAGUGGCGUCAAGGGCGGGAGCCUCAAGUUUUAUGAGGAGCAUCUGAAACAGUGA